AUGUCACUUGUUUUUUUAGUGCCACAGUGGAUAGUUGUACUGUUCGGCUUAAUAUGCAUUAUAAUACUUCUUGGCUGUGCGUGGUUGUGCAUUCGGAAACUGUUUGGCAAAAAAAGGCACGGGGACAAAAACAAAAAAGGAAUAAAAGGAUUUCUAGGUGGUAAGGGAGGAGACAUUAUCACAUUCGAUCGGUCUAAACUGCAAGCAGACUUGGAAGAACUCGAAGAAAAUAUGGAACAGAACGAGAAAGAACAGGCUGAAGAAAAAGAAGAAGUAAAGCUUGGAAGGCUUCAAUACAAGCUUGAUUAUGAUUUCCAGCAAGGCCAGCUCUCAGUGUCAGUAAUUCAAGCUGAAGAUCUUCCUGGUAUGGAUAUGAGCGGAACUUCUGACCCAUAUGUUAAACUUUAUUUAUUGCCGGAAAAGAAGAAAAAAGUGGAGACGAAAGUGCACAGAAAAACUCUGAAUCCAGUCUUUAAUGAAACUUUCAUUUUCAAAGUGCCAUUUAAUGAAAUUACUAACAAGACGCUUGUAUUUGCUGUGUACGACUUCGACCGAUUUUCAAAACACGACCAAAUUGGCCAGGUGUUAAUUCCAUUGGGUAAAAUCGAUUUAGGGCAGGUUAUCGAAGAGUGGAAGGAUAUUGCUCCACCUCCGGAUGACAAAGAAGCAGAGAAGAGUCUUGGGGACAUUUGCUUUUCACUUCGUUAUGUUCCAACCGCCGGAAAAUUAACAGUUGUGAUACUUGAGGCUAAAAACCUCAAAAAAAUGGACGUUGGUGGACUUUCAGAUCCUUAUGUCAAAAUCGUGCUGCUUCAAGGUGGAAAACGAUUAAAGAAAAAGAAAACGAGUAUCAAGAAGUGCACCCUGAACCCGUACUACAACGAGUCGUUUUCUUUCGAGGUCCCAUUCGAGCAAAUUCAGAAAGUUUCCUUGAUGAUCACUGUCAUGGAUUACGAUAAGUUAGGUUCCAACGAUGCAAUUGGCCGCGUGAUGCUAGGCUGUUCAGCAACUGGUGCAGAACUUCGACAUUGGAUGGACAUGCUGGCAAGCCCACGGCGUCCAAUCGCACAGUGGCAUACACUGGGGCCUGUCGAGGAAGAAAAAUCUUGA